AUGCCGCUGAGCAAGCCGGCCUGGAUGGCGCAGGAGGCGUCCGAGCCCGCUCAAAAGAAGCAGCUGACGGAGGCAGGAGCAAGCAUCGCCGCGACGGCGAAAGCAGGUGGCCGAGGAGGAACAAACAAACCUCAAGCGCUGGAGGAGCUCGUGGUCGUGCUGGCCAAGCUGGUGCUGACAGACGAGGCGGAGCUGCGAAGCUUGAUCGGCGCGGUGUACGACACGUGGCUCGUCCCGAUCAGCGCGCCCAUCGUGGAGAAGGCGCUGGAGGAGAACCAGGCGUUCAACAGCGAGGCUCAGACGCAGAGAGAGCUCGAGAAGGAGGCACAGAAGGCGGGCAAGCCGUUCGACAAGGCUGUGGGAGAGACGGUGGUCGCCCCGUGCAGGGACCCCAACGAGCUGCACGAGUACGUCCGUUUCUGCAGGGUGAAGCGCGUCAAGGCGAAGAACCAGAACCACCAGGAGCAGGCCACGGUGCAGUUCCUGCUGGACGGCACCGCGGAGGUGGCGAGCCAGACCAUGGGCGGGGCUCCCAGGGGUGUUCUGGUUCGAGAGGCUCAGGGGCUCCUCGACACGAUCAAGUAG